UUCAAGAAAGAAGAAGCAAGUCUAGUUGAGGCAAAACAAAAACUCCAAUUUCAUCAUCAUCAUAAUUUAAACAAAACUAAAACAACUUACAAAAUCCUUUCUCAGUGAUUUGCAAAAUUUGAAGCUGACUGCCAGAAGUUUCCCGAACAAAUAAGAACUCUAUGAAAUUUAUAUUUUUCAUAUAAAAACCAAAAGAGUAAAUCAAAACGUAUUCAUUGCGUUAAAAGUGUCCAAAACGAUAACAAGUUCUCUUAUUCUCCUAAACAAAGAAUACAUAAAAAGUAUAAAAAAUAAAGUUUUAUUACGAAAUAUAAAAAACAAGAAAGUUAUAUCAAUUCAAAUUUAAAAAUAACACAAAAUCUACUAAAAAUCUAAAGAAAACAAAAUGACUACAUUAAAAAUUGUAUUCAAAACUGGCGAUAAACAAACCGUUCUUUAUGCCCAAUCAAUUAAACAAAUGUGGCAAGUGGAAUCCCAUGUCUUGGAGCGCCUUGGGAGUGUUGAGAAAAAUGCAUUAACUAAUGCAACCUUCAGUAAAUAUUGGAUUGAUGAUGAACAAGAUCGCAUUGAUAUUAUCAAUGAAGUUGAUUUUGAUUUCUUUAUCAAGCGUAGCGGUUCAAUUAAGACCCCCAAAAUCUACUUCGAAGCAACUCCAGAGAGUCAAUCUUCUUCAUCUAACAAGACCAGACCACGUCCGGAAACAUUAUUCAAUGAGGAUUCUCUAAGCAUUCAUCCGACUGUUGAGUGUGACAUUUGUUUGACAGCUCCUAUCCGAGGAUUUCGUUACAAGUGCUUGCAGUGUCCCAAUUUUGAUUUAUGCAUGAAAUGUGAAGCUGAAAUGAAACAUCCUGAUCACUUGAUGUUGCGCAUACCACACACAAAUUCACCAAAAUUGGAAACUGUCUGUCCGAUAUCGGGAUUGUUUGGAAGGACAGCUCGCCGUCAGCAGAAGCAUGCAGCUCGUGCUGCAGCUGCUGCAAAUGCUGCUGCCUUAGGAGCUGAGACAUCAGCUGGAGAGGGUAAGAGUCGCCACCAUCGUCAUCAUCGCAAGCAGUGCUCGGGAGGAGCUGGACUUUUGUCUAACUUUUACGACAUGAUGCAAGAUUUGGCUGAGGGAGGUGUUUCUGCUGCAGCAGCUGCUACUAAUGCUCCAGGAAGCGAACAAACGACUCCACCAAAAGGAGAGGGCUCAGAACAGCCUACAGCUCCUCCACAACCAAGUUCACCAAUAGAAAAGGUUAUAACUUCUGUUAAAUUAGUUGCAGAAACUGCUGCUAAAGAAGCUGCAUCAGCUGCAGCUAUGGCAACUGCAGCCGCUGCUGCAUCAGCCGCCGCUGCGGCUAACAACGCUUCAAAGCAAACAAAUACAUCUUCUGAUCGCGCUUCAACAUCCUCAACAGGAGCUCAAACCCCUCAAACUCCAACAGGAACCCCGGUUACACCAUCAUUGGAAAAUCUCAUCGAUCCACAAUUCAUGAAGGCCGGCAUUCAAAUUUUGAACAAUUUUAGUGAAAUGUUUGGCAAGAUCUUGGAUCCAGCUGUAACCGAAGGAACAAGCCGUGCUUACUCGGCUCCUGGGUCAGUUGUCAACAUUGAUUUGACUGGAGAGAAUGGAGCUGCAGCCACUCCACCACCAACUGCAGCCGAAACUCCCAACAAGCCUGGAAAUUCAAGGCCUUCUUCGACUGCUGGUUCCGGAUUGGUUACCCCAAUGGAAACUGAACAUGUUGCUGCUGCAACUGCUGCCGAGCCUGCUCAAACUCGUUCACGUAAUUCGCAAAGCGAAGAGAACGACUGGACAAUGAUCGACGGCAAUGUCGCACAGUUGCCAACAACCACAGCAGCCGCUGCUGCUGCUGCUGCAGCUGCAACUAAUGCUCCAAUUGAUUUUAUGAAAUUGAGCCAACAACUCCAAUCACACAUUGAGAACGGUUCAUUUGAAAUGCCUUCUCCUCCAGUGACCCCUCCACAAGUUUCUGCUCCUAAUUCAGCUCCUGCAUCAAUUCCAGCUCCCGUUCCUGCUCCUGCUCAAACUUCUGCUCCAACUCCUGCUCCAACUCCUGCUCCAACUCCUGCUCCAUGUACUGAUAGGCGCGCCAUUGCUGUUUUUCAUGCAGAUCCCCGUAUUAACAGCGCUGUUCAUGGUAUGAUGGCUAUGGGCUUCAGCAAUGAAGGAGCUGUAUUAACUCAACUUUUGGAAUCUGUCGAUGGAAAUAUUCCUCGAGCUUUGGAUCUUAUGUCUGCUGCUCAACUUAACUAAGAAUAUGACGGCGAUUACAUCACAAAUCAACAAGAUAACUUAUUUUUAAUCAAACAGAAAUAUUAUAAUCACAGUUUUUAGUAUUUACCAAUUCAUUCUAUUUUCUGAUAUUUAAUUUGAAUGAAUAAACAAAAUGGACAAAGGACAGAAUGUUAUCGAGUUUAGGAAUGACAUUUGAAUUAAUAAUAAUUUUAUGUAUGUCAAGAUUUAUGAUUGAAGGCGGCUAUGUAGGCUAUCCUCUUGUCUAUUUAAUGUAUUUAUGUAAGGAGACGUUUUUAAAAUAUACAUUUUAACGUCGGAUUAUUGUUCUUUAUUUCAAAAUAAUAUAUUUACCCAAACUUAUUGGAAAUAAAUGUAAAAUAUAUACAAA